GGUCCGCGGGGGUCUCAGAACCUCGCCGGGGUGGUUUGUGAGAGGGAACCAACAAAAAAUUUUAAGCUCUAAACAAAUCAACAAACGACCAAGACGCGCAAGCCUCGACGGCAACCAGCAAAAGCAUCAACAGCUGAAGCAAUCAUUGUCCUCCCCCACCCCACCACCAACUCCUCGGGAUCCGUUGAUCUUCCCGCAUGGAGGCGACGCCGAGACACCGAGGCCGAGACGGGGUAGGCCCUACGGUCGGCCCUGGGGCAGCUACCGAGGACGGCGCGCCCAACGCCGCGGAGCCGCUAUCCGAGAGCCGGUGUCCCGACCUCCACCCGUUCGAGCACGUCAUCCAAUACAGCCGCGCGGACAAGAUACGCAUCGGACUCAUGUCGGUGACGAUCUUCCCCAUCCGGCUGCUGCUCGCCGCGUUCAUGAUGCUGCUUGCCUGGCCCUUCGCCUUCGUGGCCAGCUUGUGGCGCACCAAAGCCAACGCCGACCAGCCCUUCCCGCGGUGGCUCAAGCUGCUCGACAUCCCGCUCAUCAGCAUCAUGCGGGGCCUGUGGUUCGUGGGCGGCUUCCACUGGGUCAAGGUGAAGGGCCGCCCGGCAUCCACGGAGGAGGCCCCCAUCGUUGCCGUGGCGCCGCACUCGUCAUACUUCGACGCCAUCCCCGUCACCAUGGGGAUGUCCUCCAUCGUGGCCAAGAGCGAGAGCCAGGAGGUCCCCAUCUGGGGCACGCUCAUCAAGUACGUGCAGCCCGUGUUCGUGUCCCGCGACGACCCCAACUCUCGGCGGAACACCGUGGAGGAGAUCAAGAGACGAGCGGCCACCAAAGGGAAAUGGCCUCCGAUCAUGAUCUUCCCAGAGGGAACGUGCACCAACAGGACCUGCCUGAUCAAGUUCAAACCAGGCGCUUUCAUUCCUGGUGUGCCCAUCCAGCCGGUGGUGUUGCGAUAUGGAAACAAAAUGGACACGAUAACUUGGACUUGGCAUGGACCGACGGCCCUGCAGAUAUUGUGGCUCACGCUUUGCCAGCCACAUAACCGCAUUGAAAUUGAGUUCCUGCCCGUCUACUACCCGAGCGACGAGGAGAAACGGGACCCCACCCUCUUCGGCAGCAACGUGCGGAGAAUCAUGGCCAGGGCGCUGCGCGUGCCGCUCUCGGACGUGACUCUGGAAAGCUACCUGGGGCAGCGAGACCGCCACGAGGCCUCGCGGGAGACGGUGGCCACGGCGGACGUGGACGCGCUGCUCCGCUCGCUACGCCUGGGUGCAGAGAACGGCGUGGAGCGGCGCGCGCGGGCGGCGCGUGCUCCCCCGGCGAGCGUGGAGGAGUUUGCCCGCUUCCUGGAGCGGCCCGUGACGGAGGCCCUCCGGCAGCUGUUCAGCACCCUUGACACGGACGGCGAUGGGAAGGUGGACCUCCUGCGAGCGGUGGACCGUCUGUGGGGGCACCGAGACGGCACGGAGACUGGGGGCAGCGGCGGGGGCCUUGGCGACGGGGUACCAGGCGUCUCGACCGCCGCCUGCGCAGAUUUCUCUUCCUCCGACGACAAGAAAUCCGUCUAACCGCGCACACGAUCGCCGUAAAGCUGGUGUGCGUGGGUACUUACGCACGUACGCACACACGCAUGUACAUAUGUGUGUAUGUCUUUACGUACGUGCGUGUGUACGUACGUGCGUGCUGGACUAGACGAAAGACGGAGAUGUGGGCACGCCGAGUGGGACGCGCGUUUGUCUCAUUCGUAUUUAUUAGUUAUUGCAAACAUCUGCAGUACUUAUAUAUUUGUAAGCAAAAUGAUUGUUGCUGGAAUUUGCAAAAAUAUUACACGAUGGGGGUGGGAGAGGGGGGGUUUGGGGGUGGUGCUGGUUUGGGGGGGGGUUUGGCGGGGGAUGGAAAUAUGUUACACGUUGAACGUUGCUUGCGAAGUUUGUUAAACUUUCAGAUGGGAGCGCUCGCUCUCAUUUAAAGAGUCAAACGACAACAACAACAACAAGCGGCGACGAUGGCACAAAGGUGCAAACGCCACCGAGUCCUUUGUGUUUUUUAGUGGGUUUUUUUUGCUUAAAGGAUUCAUUUUAAAAGAAAAAGUUUUCCUACUCUGGACGGUCUUAUAUUAACGACGCGGGCAGGAGCUGUACAAUGGCAAAUUACGCAGUUCAGGAUCGAGUCCCAAACUUUGUCCGGAAUGCGAUGCAUCGCAGCGAUUUAUCUCCGGCACCCGGCCGAUGUUUCUGGAGUUGCCGUUUUUUUACUACUCUCAUCCGUCGUAUCUGAUGUUCCCAGGGCUGGUCCUGUUUGCAAACCGACGAUGUCUGCAAUUUUAAUUUUUAAGUCUUCGUUUUUUUUUUCAUAACCUGAGGCCUACGCCGAGGCUCGACAUCCCGACCACCCGACCACCGCUGAUGUUUUUUCCACUGGCACAUCCGAGCCGAAUCGGAGCUACGGCUGUCACGGCACGGCUUGUUUUUUCCUACUGGCUCUCAGCCGCGAUGGCGAGAUGUUAACUCCCUCGCCUGGUAUGCAGGAAGUCGUGGAUUCGAUCCCGACGCUGAUGCCUGUAUUAUAUAUAUGGUCGCAUGGAUUUUUCUCCGGUUCCUCCGGUUUUUACCCUUCACAUUUAGAAUCAUCAUCAUCACGCAUUUAGAGUAUUUGGCUCCUAUAAAAAUUUGCACGCGAUGAUAAGCCACUUAGUUGAGCUUUCAUUUGUGGUGGCCAGGUCGCUUCUGAAAGAGAGCUUUUUAGCUCGCUGGGCCUUACCUGGUAAAAAUAAAAAAAAUAGUUUAGUUUUAAUAGUUUAAUCGGUUCACGGAGACCACUUGGAACGCGCGAUGCCCAAUGCCACACGCCCGAUGCGCAGCUUGGGUUUCGCUGUGGAGGGGAACCGAUACCACUCCGUCUGUAUUUUAAACGUACGUUUGCAAUGAAACGUACGCUCGAAAUCUUUAGCAUCGAAAGAAAGUCCGUGCAGCGCGCGCACGCCCGAGCACGAUUGCUCGGGGGGGCGAUUGCGGAACGUGAUGCGGACGUGAUGUGACGUUGUCGUUCGUCACGCGCGCGUGUGCGCGUGCGUGAUCGCGAGCGGCUCGUUUCGAGGUUGCUCGUAGACAAAUCGUGAUCGCGCAUUCGACGGGGGGGGGGGAGGGGGGGGUCACACUUUGGAUUAAAUUUUUACCUCAGGUGUCUGCUGCUGCAAAUGCCAUGUACAAAAAGUAAACGGACAGUGAAAUACAAAAUGCUUUGUCAGCAUUGUAACCAAGCUGGCGAUUUUUUUACGCGGAAGAACAGAAACUCCGAUUCUUACCGUUCCUCGUUACACUCCAGAUGUACUACAGAGGUUGAUAUUGAGAGAAAUCAACUUCCGUUCUGUGUCACCACACACACACACAAAUGCAAUGCAACACAGCCGCGCACAGCGUCUGAACGCUUUUCCCGUCUCAGGACGCUGUGUCGAGCGACGGCUGCAGUCAAUCGUAGACGGAGGAAAAUAAUGAAGGCUCUUUGAGCCUGAACAGGGGCUGGGAGUCGGCAGCACGUGUCGCUUGGGGGGAAGGGAGUUGUAGAUGUGGGGGCAGCAGAGGAGAAGGAGCGACCCCCCCCCAUUCCCCCCACUUCGAUUGUCUGGCGGCUUUAAUUGAAAGCCUUGGCUGCAGGCAAAAUACGAUUAUGAUGACAAUAAUUAUUAUGCAAAAUAAGCCAACAGUAUUUCACAAAACCUGUUUGCUGCCGAGUCUCACGAAUGGCAAAGCCGGUCCAUAUUUUCAGCCGCUUUAGCAAAUGCCGCCGAUGAACUUGAGUCAUCGGCAGCGGCGUUAGCGGCAAUUGGGAGGUCGGCGUUAGCGGCAAUUGGGAGGUCGGCGUUAGCGGCAAUUGGGAGGUCGGCGUUAGCGGCAAUUGGGAGAGCGGCGUUAACGGCAAUUCGGAGGUCGCCGCCGGUUCAAUUUCCCGGCGCGGCAGUUUUAACGAACGCGGCUAGUUUCUUAAAUUACCCCCCUUCCCCCCCGCGGCAUCCGUCCAACCAGCGGUAUUAAUGGGCUCGGGUCAACGUGUUGGUGUGGGCAACGUUGAGGGUACGCCUCCGAAGUGGCAGAGAAGGCCGAAAGCGAUUGCAGCGCUGCACCCUAUUGACUUUUCGACGUAAAUUACAGUGUCACGAGUAACAUCGCCUACAUUGGCCAGCGAUGCAAAACGUCGGAGAAGCGUUUAUAUAAUAAUAAUAUAUAUUUGGAGACACAGAACGGAGGCAGAUAUUUAUUUUGCUAUUAAGACGCGAUUACCUUCUUAAACUGUGAGCCAGCAAUGUUAAAGGGGAAAGAAAAAACAAUGGAAGCUGUACGCGUUACACAUAAGCCGGCUAACUUAACACAUUCCUCAAUCUACAUCUCAGCCUAUCUCGUGCCCCAAACGGGAACCCACAACACUGGACUUGCACACGGAACUCCCCAGCACUGCUGCAGCCUGCCCCCCCCCCCCCCCCUUUGUUGCUUCGUGUCGUAAAUGCGCCGGGCUGCAGCGUGGAAUUUCAAAAACAAAAGUGACCAAAUGCAUGUGGUUGGUUAUUUUCGUUGGUAAGCUGAAACGGCUUUCCUUUGCUCUGUUCCCAGUGAUCUCGAACGUACGUGAAACAUUUUUUUUACACGGUGUAUAAAUAUUAUAUACGGCCGCGGUCGAUUGACGAAUUUAACUUUGGCGGCCUUCCUUACAUUUGGGUCGGCGCAACAAUAAAAUACAGCCUAAUUACGAAAACUUUUACGGAAAAAGGGACGUGUGACACUUUUAUUACGAAAAUGGGAAUGCGUUUUUAAAACGGAGCUCGCUACAUAAAUAAGCCUCGGGUUGAUACUUUUUUUUGUUGGGGUAGUUGUUAGUACUAUGGAUAUUGGUGAUUUUUUGGGGAUGUAAACAAAAAAUUGGGGGGGGGGGGGGGGGACAUUUUUUCUAUAAAAUGCCUUUAAUGACAGCACGUGUUUGGGCCCCUUUUUUUUUAAACCAAUUUAAUGGACGCCUCGCCCGUUGCAUCUUUAAUGUACAAGGCUGAAGUUUAAAGGCCCGGCUUUCUUGCACGCAGCGGUGUGUGUUUUUUUUCUAUUCGAAUGAAACGUUGCACGACAUCGCGUGUUUUCCCAACCGCCAAUUCGUCGCCGUUUUAUUUUUGAAUGCAGCUUUGCACGUUACCGAGUCGUCGGCAGGGCGGAGCGUUGUAUAUUCGUGAGAGUCGAGGCUGGGGAGAAGGCCUCUUUUUCCUGAAUGGCCCAGCCACAACGGAGCUCACUCAAUUCGGGCAAGGGCAUGGGCAGAGGUCGCAAACGGGUUUUGAUUCCUUACCCGUACCCGGCUGCACCUGGGCUGCAAAAUUGUACCCGUACCCGUACCCGGCUGGGUACGGGUAGCCGGGUAUCGGGUAGGGUACGGAUAUCGGGUACCCGGUUGCGACCUCUGGGCAUGGGCACCUGUGAUGGCAAGGCCUUUCAUGCGGCCACCGAGUCUCAAGACUUAUUUUUAGGAGUGGGGACGGUGCUACGUUGGGAUGUUAUUUCUAAUUCCGUGAGAGAGGGUUUGGCUUCGUGUGGGAGGAAAUCUGGAAAAAAACGGAGAAACCCCACCGCGUACGAGGUGAUGAAACUCAGAGCCCCGCGUGGAUGGAUUCAAGAAUCCAUUGCUAUAAGAUCCAGCCACCGUAAAGCCCUGCUUGGCCUAUGAAAACAAAAAGGCAUUUUAUAGAAAUCAGGAGAAAAUAAGAAAAUGUACACGUGUUAUUACUUUUUUUUUCGGAUUUCGUAUUUAACAUAUCCGAGUUUAUACUCAACAACAUUCUUCCAUGUUGGAGUUUUAGCCUUCGUAUAUUGCCAUGAUGGCAUGGAAUGUUUUUUUUUCAGUCUUUGGCGCACAGCGCUCUGAACCUGUCCCACCUGUGUGCGCCGAUGAUUCCCAGGUCCCGGCUAACAUCAGUGGCGAGUGAUUUCUGAAUCUGCCAUCGGUGACCCCCCCACUUGACCUUAUCUAGUCGAUCGACGCUGUUGUGCACGCUGCCACCAAAAUGACGGCAAUAUUAUCAUCUUUAACAAAGUUCCCUGUGAAUUGUGAACCUCCUGGGCCAAUGUUUUAGUAGCACGCUGAACUUUAAAUCCAGGGGUCGAUUUGUUUGAUCAAAUUCCUUAGACCAGAGCGAGUCGUGUGGUGGGUAAAAGCGUGGGUAUUCCCGCUCCACUUAAGAUGUCUGGCUUCGAGUGGCUUAGGGAGAAGUAGGCCAAAUAUUGGAGAUACUUGCGUCAGCAGAACCCUGAGCAAGCAAUUAUGGAGCUGCGCCUUUUUGUACCUUUGAUAAUGUCGAUCCCAGCACCGCAGCGAUCCGCGCCGGGCAGAACGGCACAAGUAAACGAGACGUUUUAACUCGGCAGUGAAAGCUGUGAUAAUGAUAAUGAAAAAAAAUUGGGUUAGAUCGCGUAAAUAUAAAUGUGUCGUUAAACCCGCCACCACCCAACACGGCGAAUUAGUAAGGUCUGUCACGUAAACUAAACGUGCCAGUUAGUUACUACUUCAGCACACCAUUAUAGCGAAGUUUAACGACACGAUUAUAUGUACGCGAUCUAACCCAAAAAAAAAACUUUUAUUCAUCAUGUGUGUCACGAAAGCCGCCUCCUACUAAUUCUGCGUGUUAAACAAGGUUGCGCCCGUUGGCGUCAGCUUGAAGAGGAUGACUCCUCCACCCUUGAGCGGAGAUCGAAUCCGCGUUGGCGUAUUUAUUGAGGGCGGCUCUCCUCCGCGGACGUAAGCAGCAGCCGGCGUCACGGCGUGAAAAGAUCGCGGUGCAUUUCGUCUCCGAAGCGCCGUUUAUUUCUCGUUUAAAUUCUUCCUUUUGUUUUACCUCCCAAUGUUACAGCACUUACGGCGUUGUGCUGACGCGUUGCUCACGGACUCGUCGCCAACGGUGGAAAUGUAAUCCAACUUUAUGUAGCACUUUAAAAGGAUCGUGACAUUAUUUUAUCCUUUUUUUUAAGUGUAUUUAUUGGUAUCACCUUGAAACGCGUGUUCCUGCAGAGUGAGCCAUCUUUUUCUUUUUUUAACUUCGCACGGUGGACUUGACCUUUAACGCACUCCUCGACCGGGCCCCGUGUGCGAUUUGUUUUGGUUUUUCGAGUUUGAUGGCGUGCGACCAGAGGUCACAACCGGGUUACCCGAUACCCGUACCCUACCCGAUACCCGUACCCGGCCGGGUACGGGUAGCCGUUUGCGACCCUGGUGCGGCCGGGUACGGGUAGGCCGUGAGUCACCGGUGAGUAACCGUUUGUCACUCAUUUCCCAACGUCUUGUCUCUUUUCACAAUUCAAGUUCCUAGAAUCAAGCCACCGGCGCCUGCAACAUGGCUUCAUCCUAGAGGUCGCAAUCAGGUACCCGAUACCCGUACCCUACCCGUACCCGGCCGGGUAGGGUACGGGUACGGCCGUGUACGGGUACCCGUUUGCGACCCUGGUGCGGCCGGGUACGGGUAAGGAAUCAAAACCCAUUUGCGACCUCUGUGUGCGACCGACCUCAUGGGUUG